CUUUCCUAUAUCAUCUGCCCUCAUCAAUUUGUUGUUUUUAUUUCCUCGACCUGUUUCCGUUCCAAUCCAUCUAUCUAUCCAAAAUUAAUGUCGAUUCUCGACUCCUGAACAUCUUUACUGAAGCUAAUCGGCAGCCUCAUUAAUGGAGCGGGAUAAGCUGUACCCGGAAAUUCCUACCGAAGAAUACGUCUCUUUGGAGUCUAGGGUUUCUCUUCUUGCAAUCGGAGGAGAACAUAAUAACCAGAAACCCUUUUUCGAUUCGGUAUCUGGGGAAACUGAGAAAUCCUGCGAGAACAUAAUUUCUACUGGGACUAUUGGCUCUUCGAACCAUCACAAGAGUCAGCCCUUAGAUUGUGAUGCUCAGAUACCUAGGGAAAGUGGAGAGAAGAAUCAUGGGCAGAGUGAUUCUAAUGCUAGCCAAAAGAAACAAGGCAGAUAUUUCUAUUAUGACUCACCACUUUCUGAAGAAACUGGGAUAUGGAUACCUGUUUCUGUUCCUCCCAUGUUUGAAAGUGAGCAUGAAGAAUGGGCCAAAGGCUUUGGGUCCAAUGGGGGUUACUUUCCGGAAGGAGAUAUGGACUGGAAUCAAUUCAUCGGAGAAGACAAAGAGCUGACCAUGUGGGAUGUGGUGGUUGAGAUGCUGCUUGCAGCCCGUGGGAAAGUAACUGCUCUUGCCUCCAGUGAUAUCCAUGGGUGUAGGAUUUCCUGGAUGUCGAGCCAUCUCCUUGAACAAGCUUGGGAAGAGAUGGCUCAAACUCUCACGGAAGCAAACUUUGGUAAUGCAAAGGAAAUUCUUGAAAUGGAGCCACCUAAAUGGUUGUUUGACAGUGCUGCUUCUGCUUGCAUGCUGUGUAGUGUUCGAUUCCAUCCCAUCAUGUGUUCUAGGCAUCACUGCCGGUUUUGUGGUGGGAUAUUUUGUAAUGACUGCUCAAAAGGAAGGAGCUUGAUGCCAGUAAAGUUCCGCAUGGGCGAUCCACAAAGGGUUUGCGAUGUCUGCUGCGUGCGGCUUGAGUCUGUUCAGCCUUACUUAAUGGAUCAAGUAAGUCGUGCUUCACAAUUGCCCACACAGGACCUUACUGACCUCAGUACAUUGAGAUCAUGGGUAAACUUUCCAUGGGGACAGUCAAUGGAAUAUGAGAUUUACAAGGCCACGAACACAAUUCGGGGUUAUAACAAGGUGGGUGUACUCAAACCUGAAAGGUCAAUUCCAGAUUCGAUUUUGAGCCAAGCAAAAGGCCUUGCAAUACUUACUGUUGUGAAAGUUGGCAUGAUGGUUACCUAUAACGUUGGAACGGGGCUUGUAGUUGCUCGUAGAGAAGAUGGGUCAUGGUCUCCACCCUCUGCAAUUUCCUCAUUUGGUGUUGGAUGGGGAGCUCAGGUUGGAGGGGAGUUGACUGACUUUAUAAUUGUAUUGAGGACAAAAGAAGCUGUAAAGACAUUUGGUAGCACUGUGCAUCUCUCAGUUGGAGCAGGUUUAAGUGCAGCGGUUGGCAUUGUUGGACGUAAUGCUGAAGCUGAUUUACGUGCUGGUGAUGGUGGUUAUGCUGCUUGUUAUACCUAUAGUUGUAGUAAAGGUGCGUUUGUUGGUUGUUCGCUUGAAGGGAGCAUGGUAACCACACGCACACUGGAGAAUUCACGAUUCUAUGGUAGUUCGUCCAUCAAUGCAUCAGACAUUCUUCUUGGGUCAUUGCCAAGGCCCCCUGCAGCUGCCAUUCUCUAUCAUGCACUUGCCGAUCUAUAUCGUAAGUUUGAGGGAUGACUCGGUUGAUUUGGCAAAAUCACCAGGAAAAAUAUUCCCUGGCUAGGAUUCACUUGAUGAUUUUAUGUGCAGCUCAAAAGAAUUCAGAAUUCACGAUGUCAAUUCUUUGUUUCAAUGUAAAGUAAUUAGAUUGUGAAGGUGGUUGUACAGCAUGAAAUUUCAUUGAAGGGAAAAAAGAAAAAGUCCACUUACAUUUGGAAUGGCUGCAAUUGUGUUUAUAACUGGGGCAGAGAAUUCACUAGCCAGUAUUAAUUGUACAUAUAUGCUGUUACCAACUGAUUUUAUGGAGGAAAUAAAGUUGUGAUAAUAAUAUGGGUUCAACAAAAA